UUUCCUUUUAUGGAGAGGGGACGCAGCGCGAGCUCUGAUAAAACCCUGCAAUUUAUUGGCCUCCAUUGCAGUCAAGUUCAGACAUCCUACCGGAGUGUAGAGCUCAGUCACAGCCCUCCUAAGCCGAUAACCCUCCCUCAAACAGAAAAUGGAUGACGAAAUCGCCGCCCUCGUUGUUGACAACGGAUCCGGUAUGUGCAAAGCUGGCUUUGCAGGAGAUGAUGCUCCACGUGCUGUGUUCCCCUCCAUUGUUGGACGUCCCAGACAUCAGGGUGUGAUGGUUGGUAUGGGCCAGAAAGAUAGCUAUGUUGGUGAUGAGGCACAGAGCAAAAGGGGUAUCCUGACCCUGAAGUACCCCAUUGAGCAUGGUAUCGUCACCAACUGGGACGACAUGGAGAAGAUCUGGCAUCACACCUUCUACAACGAGCUGAGAGUUGCCCCCGAGGAGCACCCCGUCCUGCUCACAGAGGCUCCCCUGAACCCCAAGGCCAACAGGGAAAAGAUGACCCAGAUCAUGUUUGAGACCUUCAACACCCCUGCCAUGUAUGUGGCCAUUCAGGCUGUGCUGUCCCUGUACGCCUCUGGUCGUACCACUGGUAUUGUCAUGGACUCUGGUGAUGGUGUGACCCACACAGUGCCCAUCUAUGAAGGCUACGCCCUGCCCCAUGCCAUCCUCAGGUUGGACCUGGCUGGCAGAGACCUCACAGACUACCUCAUGAAGAUCCUGACUGAGAGGGGUUACAGCUUCACCACCACAGCUGAGCGUGAGAUUGUGCGUGACAUUAAGGAGAAGCUGUGUUAUGUUGCACUGGACUUUGAGCAAGAAAUGGGCACCGCUGCCUCAUCUUCAUCCCUGGAGAAGAGCUACGAGCUGCCUGACGGACAAGUCAUCACCAUUGGAAAUGAGAGGUUCCGUUGCCCCGAGGCCCUCUUCCAGCCUUCUUUCCUUGGUAUGGAGUCUUGCGGUAUUCAUGAAACUACCUUCAACAGCAUCAUGAAGUGUGACGUGGACAUCCGUAAGGACCUGUAUGCCAACACUGUGCUCUCUGGAGGUACCACCAUGUACCCUGGCAUCGCUGACCGUAUGCAGAAGGAAAUCACUGCCCUGGCACCCACCACCAUGAAGAUCAAGAUCAUUGCUCCCCCAGAGAGGAAGUACUCUGUAUGGAUCGGUGGCUCCAUCCUGGCUUCCCUGUCCACCUUCCAGCAGAUGUGGAUCAGCAAGCAGGAGUACGAUGAAUCCGGCCCCAGCAUUGUCCACAGGAAGUGCUUCUAAACAGACUUGUCAGUCCGCGUCCCCAAAACACACACUGCUACAAACCCAAACGACUGGCUCUGCAUACAUGCCUACACCAACACACUGGUGUAUGCUGAGCCCACAACACUCUUCCCAUUUUCCCUCAUCACUAUGGCUAUAGCACCAUGCCCCCUGAUGGGGAGAAACUCUGCAGGAAGUACAGAGUGUCCCAGGCGGUGUGAAUGUGUGAGGAACAUGUUCAUUGUCGUGUUUGUGUAGGUCAUUUCAGAUGUGUUUGUUCACCACCUUAUUUGCCUCUAUGAAGGUUUAUUCUCUAGUUGGGCCCACUGCCCAACAGAUGUGUAGUAUUGCUUAUGUAAAUUAUGUAAUCUUUUGUUUUUGUACUUUCAGCCUUAAACGAUACUUGGUCCAGUUUGUUUUUGUCAUUAUGCGAAAGACAAAGCUUCUACCUUGUAUGAUGUAUGAAGGUUUGUGCUUGGGGCUUCAAGCCUCUGGUGUACACAACAAAUUAAUAAAGCGCACAUGUCUAAAAUUCUG